CGUUGAUAAAUUAUGAAUACUAAUGAGGAAGCUUCUGAGACCCCCGUCAUCAGGCACACUAAGAAGCCACUGUUGCGAAUACCCCUAUGGUUCUAUUUUCUAUCUACGUGCGUGGUUUCGUUGGUGAUUGCUACUGCUAUUAAUGUUGGAGUAGCGUAUGCGAUGUACCCUCCUGAUAUUGCGGCGGAAACCGGUGUAUGGGCUUGGCCGUCUACUAUCUGUGGCGACUUGGUAAUUACCGCCGCGGCAUCUUUUCUCAUCACGUGGCUGCUCGCUCCUACGAUAGGACUCAACGAUUUCAUAAAAGGAUUUCCGAUAGAAACUAAACCUUCAAGUUUCCCAGUGGUGACAAGAAAGUUAUCGGGGUCCUUGUUCAUGAUUAACCCCGUGUUUGGGAAGGAUCCGGAAAAUCCGAUUUCGGGAUGUACGGCAUUUGGACGGCAAUUUCGAGGAGGAAUUAUUGGAGCCAUCAUUUUGGCGGGCACCUGGGGAAUCGUUUUAUCCCUUUUUAUGAUGAUAAAGACGCAGCCGUGGUCCCAAAGUGAUUUGGCGCUUCUGAAGGGAGUUUACGGUGCAGUGACGGAAGCGAUAUGUGUUAUAUUUGCGAUGGUCAUUCUAGUGAUACAAGUUUCACCUCAAAUGAAUUUACUGGCGGCUCGGACGAACUCAAAUGAUCAUGCAGAUCCCGCGAGGUUGGCCACCGAACCGUAAUUUGCCACUGUAUGGCGUUUGUCAAAUUUUCCAAAAGUAACGAUUCCCCUUUCCCGGUAUAUUGCCAAUAACAGUCAUUUAUUUC